CGGAGGGUGGCGGAGGGUGGUGUGGGGCUCGCGGGCAGCCGGGAAACGGAGAGCGGAAUUCAGCGCUCUGGAAGAGGUUCCCACCUUCUACCGUCGCCUCAGCCUGAGUGACACUCCCGCUCCGCCAUGGGCAAGAAGGGCAAAGUCGGGAAGAGCCGGCGAGACAAAUUCUAUCACCUGGCGAAGGAGACCGGGUAUCGUUCCCGCUCCGCUUUCAAGCUGAUCCAGCUCAAUCGCCGCUUUCAGUUCCUGCAGAAAGCCCGAGCCCUGUUGGACCUGUGCGCCGCGCCGGGGGGAUGGCUGCAGGUGGCUGCCAAGUUUAUGCCUGUGUCCAGCCUAAUUGUGGGAGUGGACCUGGUUCCAAUCAAGCCUCUUCCCAAUGUGGUGACGCUCCAGGAGGACAUCACGACCGAGCGUUGCAGGCAGGCCCUGAGGAAGGAGCUGAAGACCUGGAAAGUUGACGUUGUGCUCAAUGACGGGGCACCCAAUGUCGGGGCUAGCUGGGUUCAUGAUGCUUACUCUCAAGCCCAUUUGACGCUGAUGGCUCUGCGUUUGGCUUGUGAUUUCCUGGCCCGCGGUGGCUGCUUCAUCACCAAAGUGUUCCGUUCCCGCGACUAUCAGCCCUUGCUGUGGAUCUUCCAGCAGUUGUUCCACCGAGUGCAGUCCACCAAGCCCCAAGCCUCUCGCCAUGAAUCUGCAGAGAUCUUUGUUGUCUGUCAGGGAUUCCUGGCUCCUGACAAGGUUGACAGUAAAUUCUUUGACCCCAAGUUUGCCUUCAAGGAGGUUGAAGUUCAGGCCAAGACUGUCACUGAGCUGGUGACUAAGAAGAAGCCAAAGGCUGAAGGCUACGCUGAGGGCGAUCUCACUCUCUAUCACCGUACCUCAGUUACUGACUUCCUCCGAGCUGCCAACCCUGUUGACUUCCUCUCCAAAGCCAGUGAGAUCUCGCUGGACGAUGAAGAGUUGGCACAGCAUCCAGCUACCACUGAAGACAUACGGUCUUGCUGUCAGGACAUCAAAGUGCUGGGGCGGAAGGAGCUUAGGUCCCUACUGAACUGGAGAACAAAGCUUCGGCGCUAUGUGGCCAAGAAACUGAAAGAGCAGGCAAAGGCGCUGGAUAUCAGCCUUAGCUCAGGAGAGGAGGAGGGUGAUGAGGAGUCAACAACCGGGACCAUGAGGCAGUCCUCUAAGGAAGAGGAGGAGGAGGAACAACUGAAUCGAACUCUGGCAGAGAUGAAGGCCCAGGAGGUGGCGGAAUUAAAGAGGAAGAAAAAGAAGCUUCUGCGUGAGCAGAGAAAGCAGCGGGAGCGCGUGGAGCUGAAGAUGGAUCUGCCUGGGGUUUCCAUUGCAGACGAAGGAGAGACUGGCAUGUUCUCCCUGCGCACCAUCCGGGGUCACCAGCUGCUAGAGGAGGUGACUCAAGGGGACAUGAGCGCUGCAGACACACUUCUGUCUGAUCCGCCGCGAGACGACAUCUAUGUGUCAGAUGCUGAGGAUGACGACGAUGCAUCUCUGGACAGUGACCUGGAUUCAGAGGACCUCGCAGGAGUUGGAAGACCUCAGAGCCUAAAGAGCCAAAAGCGUGUACAAUUUGCUGAAGUAGAGGACGAUAAAACAGAGGAGGAAGAGAAUCCACUGCUGGUACCAUUGGAGGAAAAGGCAGUACUGCAGGAAGAACAAGCCAGCCUGUGGUUCUCAAAGGAUGGCUUCAGCGGGAUUGAGGAUGAUGCAGACGAGGCCCUGGAGAUCAGCCAGGCCCAGCUGCUGUACGAGAGCCGUCGGAAGGGGCAGCCGCCGCUGCCACCAACGCCGCAGCCUUCCAGUUUGAAGGUUAAACCUCGCUUGUGCCAGGAUGAGGCCCCUAAGGGGGCAGAGGCUCCAUCAGGGACAGGGGCUACCACUGGCCUUGGAGGGGAAGAGAGAGAUGACAGUUCCGACAGUGACAGCAGCAGCAGUGAGGAUGAAAAAAGCUGGGAAACACAGCGCAGUAAGAAGCGAAGCCGGGGACCUACGUCAGAUGACGACAGUGGGUUUGAGAUAGUGCCUAUCGAGGAUCCAGUGAAACACCGAAUACUGGACCCUGAAGGUCUUGCUCUAGGUGCUAUUAUUGCCUCUUCCAAAAAGGCAAAGAGAGACCUCAUAGACGACUCCUUCAGCAGGUACACAUUUAAUGAGGACGAGGGGGAGCUUCCCGAGUGGUUUGUGCAGGAGGAAAAGCAGCACAGGGUAAGGCAGUUGCCUGUCGACAAGAAGGAAGUGGAGCAUUAUCGCAAACGCUGGCGAGAAAUCAACGCACGUCCCAUCAAGAAAGUGGCUGAGGCAAAAGCCAGAAAGAAACGGAGGAUGCUGAAGAAGCUGGAGCAGACCAAGAAGAAGGCAGAAGCUGUGGUGAACACUGUGGACAUCUCGGAACGAGAGAAAGUGGCACAGCUUCGGAGUCUCUACAAGAAGGCUGGGCUUGGUAAAGAAAAACGCCAAGUCACCUAUGUUGUAGCCAAAAGAGGUGUGGGUCGCAAAGUGCGGCGGCCAGCUGGGGUCAGAGGUCAUUUUAAGGUGGUGGACUCAAGGAUGAAGAAGGACCAAAGAGCACAGCAGCGGAAGGAGCAGAAGAAAAAACAUAAGCGUAAGUGAGCAGCAACACUCAGGCCUGUUGGGAAGACAGCCUUGGAGGAGCGACUCCAUUCAGCGCUUGCUCCGGCAGCCCCCUUGCUUGCAGACAGAAAGGACAGUGAGGGGAGCCACCCGGGACUCUCUCAGUGGCCCUGAGUGUGGUGAGGACACCCUCUUCCUGUCAACACACUGCUGGAUGUCUGUGCUGUAGCAGACACCAGUCAUUCUGGGAAGGAUGUGACGCAGCACUGGAUGAGAAAAUGCCUUUUCAAACUCAUAACGGGCCAGUUCAGUUCUGGGGUAGCAUUCAUUAUGGUCUGGUUUUGGGCAGGUGGGGCUCUCAAGUUUCCCCCCCCCCAUUCUUUUCCAUUAUUAGCUGAAUAAAACUGGGAUGAUACCUUUUUCUGAUGAUUUAGUUCCCACAAAGUGGUACUCAAGAAAUACUUGAGUCACAGCAGGGUCACACUGUUCUAAGGCAUACAUUUAAUGCGUAUGGAUGCACAAUGAAGUAGAAAUGACACAAUCCACAGGUCCCAGUAGUAAACAUUUACUAGAGCAAGCAGAAAGGAAUGCACAUUUUAAAGAAACCUUCACAAAGUCACAAAAUUCAAAGUAUGUAUAUUUCUUGUCCUUUUAUAAACGAGAACAAAAAUCAAUCAUUUCAGCAAAAGAUUUUUCUACCGUUGUGGCAAGUUAAAAAAAAUACAAUGAAAUUGGAGAAGACACUUAAAAAGCUGUCAUUGGGUUUUUGUUUUUAACAUCAGUGACACUUCGGACCUAAGGCAAUCCUGAACGGUUUCCAGGAUCACCUUUUUUCCCUUUCAAGCACAGUCUGGGUCUGGCGGGUCACCCCCUCCUGCCUGUCUUCGGGCUGGAUACACACCUGAUGGGGAAUCUGAGCCUUGGCGCCCAUUUCAACACAGCAACUCCCCAGCAAAUGUCUGGAAGCACCGAAGUGCUUCCCACAUCCCUGACACCUUUAUGGAUUGGGUUUGCAGAAGCCAACUGGUAAAAAAAGGACUGCCUGGCCACACAGCUAAGAAAAAGAAUUUCAUCUGUAGAUGUUUACAAGGUGACAUUUUAGUAAAAAAUAUAUGCUACAUAUAGUAUAAACCUAGAGUGAGUUUUGUGCCCCUUAUUAAGGCCCUUUCUUCCAAGGUGUCCUCGGACCUUGACCCUCGUAACAACUCACCCAGAGCCCAAACUCCCAGUUUUCAUUGCUUUCAAGGACCAAGCAGUUUCCCAAGCAAACAUCUGAAAAGUGAUCCAGAUGAAGGAGUAAUGUCUGCAAGCUCCAGCUAUCCACUAAGGGCAGGGGGUCCACACAUCUUAGGCCCCAACCCAGCCCUGAGACACCUAGUUACCAAAAAU